AGGUUACGGUGUGUGCGCGUAUAUAUAUAGAGAGAGAUGAAAAUGGUAAUUUGAGUUAUUUAAAUGUUUUGAUAUUUUAUAAUUAAAAUUAAUAAAAUAGUGAAGGGUAAAGUGAAUUUUUUUUAAGGUUAUGUUUGGAUGAUAAAUUUUACCAGGGAUUGUCGCUGUUCGAAAAGAGCCAAACUUUCACACACACACGUGUGUGUGACUUCAGGAGUGUCAAUAUAGGUUAUCUUAAUAUUAAAAUCGAAAACUCAAACAUGCACUGUUAUCCAAAAGGAUUGAAAGGGAGAAGGGUUUACUCUUACAGUUUGGGAUUUCUUUUCUCUAACGUUCAAAAUUACCCUCUUGUCCUCUUCCUGUCUGAUUCUCCUCCAACAAAUCACAAUCCUAUCUCACACAGACCCACGUCACCCAGCCACCCCCAAUCCCUUUAAAUUUCAAACUCUAAUUUCAAACUAAAACCCUCUCUCUCUCUCUCUCUCUCUCUCUCUACCCUCGUUAGUGGAGUUUUACCGUUACUCGAGCUUUGAAGAAGGAGCUGUUAUCUAUAUAUACUUAAGAAAUUCAUAGUUUCACACAUCUAUUAUAAUUUCUUCAGCCAGAGAAUAAUUUCAUUCAUAGUUUCACACAUCUCUCUCUCUCUCUCUCUCUCUCUCUCUACCCUUGUAUGUAACAUUUCAUUCUCACCCACUUCAACCAGAGAAUAAUUUCUUCAGUUCCUGUAUCUUGUCUAGUGAAUGGGUGUUUCUUCUAUCUCUAGUUAUAUACUCCGUAUCUUGCAUUCACAGUAAAGGGUCUCUUGAGAUGGACUAAUUUCUCUCGCUCAGAUCACACAGUUGGAGCUGUGACUGAUUUCAGGGCUUCAAGUUUUGUAGAUCACAAGCUUUAAAGUAAUUUGUCUUAUUAUCUUCUUCAACCAUUUGCCUUCUGAACUUCUAGCAAAAUCAAUGCCAAGAUCAAGGGGGUCAGAAAUGCCUCAAAGGCAAUCUCCCCGAGUCCCACUUCAACUUAGGUCAUCAUCAAGCUCCAAUUCUGAUCCGCUGCAUAAUCGACCCACUAGUAACAAGAGCUCUAAGCUAGUGGAUCGCCGAUCCCCAAGAGGUACACAAUCUGAUUCAGUAAAUCAAAAGAAACUUGGUACCCGCAUUUCAGAUUUAGAAUCUCAACUUGGGCAAGCACAAGAAGAGCUCAAGAUUCUGAAGGAGCAGUUAUCCUCUGUAGAGGCUGCGAAGAAAGAAGUUCAAGAAAAUUUAAAGAAGAAAAGCCGGAAACCAAUUCUUCCAGACCCCAUGAAAAUGCAAGAGGAGCAAUCUCAUCCAACUGAAACCCAAGAAUCAAACAAAAAUGAUUGCAGUGCCCCGUUUGAAAUUCCUGAUGACAACCAGCUAGAAACUGAUGUUUUCAAAGUUCCAAUGGAAAAAGUGACGGUGGAGCCUCAGGUUAAAUUUAAUCAACCAAUUGAUCAAGAAGAUCAUGAAAGUAAACCAGUUGUUGGCCUAUCAACAGAAUCACCUACCAUUUCUGAGCAUGAGAAACUGUAUUCCAGUGAAUUGGCUUUGAAGAAUGACGAGAUCAGUUCGUUGAAAGCCAAUUUAGAAGAGAAGGAAAAGGAAUUAGAAGCUUUCCAUCAAGAAAAUGAAAGCUUGAAAAGUCAGUUGAAUGAAGCAACUUUAGAGAUAUCAUCUACUCGAGCCAAGGAAGAGGACUUGACUACAAGGUUGAGCCAACUAGGACAUGAGCUGGAAGAAAGUAAAGCAAUUACAGUUCAGUUAAAUGAGAAGCUGGAAGCUAAAAAAGAAGCAAAGGAUUUAUUGGAAACGGAAAUGAAGAAACUGAGUGUCCAGACUGAGCAAUGGAGGAAAGCGGCUGAUGCUGCAGCAGCAGUACUUGCUGGGGGUGUGGAGAUGAGUGGGAAAAGAGUGUCUGAGAGGGGUGGUUCCAUGGAUAAGCACUUUAGCAGCAUGUUUGAUACUCCAGUUGGAGGAGGGUACAACCCCGGGUUUGCAGGUUCUCCUAGUAUGGGUGAUGACCUGGAUGAUGGUUUGGGUACUGGAAAGAGAAAAGGGGGUAUAAGAAUGUUUGGAGAUCUGUGGAAAAGGAAAGGCCAGAAAUAAGAAACUCUGGUCUUUGUGACCUAGAAAACCACCUUUAUUUUUUAUUUUUCCAGUGGAACUACUACCAUUUUGAAUUUGUGAUUCAAUUUGUGCUAUCUUGUUGAAUCCAUGCCUUUCAGGGUGAACUUGUUGUGCUCUUUGAUUUAGGGCUAGGUUUUGGAGACCUCUUUUCCAAUGUACUAGAGAAACUGUCUUGAAAGAUGUUAUUGCGUUGGUCCUCCUCCAUUCUUCUGUUAUAUGUUCCACAUUGCAUAUGUUAAUAUUCUUUUUUUCCUUGUAA